AUGGUUGCAAUCGAACAGUACGGGUCAGUUGGUGGAAAAUUACAACCUGUGUAUUCAAACCUUCACGAGGAGAUUACUGCUACGUUUCUACCAAACGAAAGAAAGACGAUCGAUGAUUGCCACCUGCGGUACUACAAGUAUGGCAAACAGCUUGGGCCUAUGCCGACCUUCGGAAGUCCGGUAUACCUGCGUGAGUUUGCUCAUAUGGCCGCGGUCGGCUGGACGAAGCCGGAUAAAAGUAUCGAAUGGAACUGUGGCGGGUCGCUGAUAUGGGAGAACUAUGUUCUAACGGCCGCUCAUUGUGCCGUAGAUAACGAUAACGUCCAACCGGAUGUUGUUCGGCUUGGGGACAUCAAUCUGUACAAUAACACGGACGACCAAUAUGCGCAGCAGUUAAAGAUUGCCGAAAUUAUACGCUAUCCGGAACACCGGUUUAACUCGCGCUAUCACGACUUGGCUCUGCUGAGAUUGGAGAAGAACGUCGUGCUACACGACACUGUCGCUCCCGGAUGCCUAUGGGAGGACGAAGAAAUACCGUUUCCUUCGAUGGAUGCAACUGGAUGGGGUGCCACCGGUUUCGCACAACAACACACUCCGAUUCUCCUGAAAGUGUCCCUCAGCGUCGUCCAAAAGGCACAAUGUGAACAAUAUUAUCGCGUAGACCGGCGAGGAUUGAAGCAAGGCCUUCAGAGCUAUCAGCUUUGUGCGGGAGACAUUAAAAUGGAUACGUGUCCGGGAGAUUCUGGAGGUCCACUGCAGACGAAAUUACUUUCGAAUGGGAAGAUGACUCCAUUUGUCGUAGCAGUUACCUCCUUCGGUACAAUUUGCGGUCAAUCGAUUCCUGGCGUGUACAUGAGGGUUGCUCCGUACAUUCCUUGGAUACGGUCGGAAUUGGCGAAACGACGGGAAAAAGUUGAUGAAUCCAGUUUCAAGCCAUACGCCUGCGCCCUCCGAUAUGCCCAUCUGAGAGAGUACGAGGACGAUGUUGUAAUAGAUCGUUCCGAAAGCGAAGAGGCGAUCGACUGUAGUAAGGCCCAUAUGGAAAUUAUUAAUUCAACUCAAACUGUAAAGAUACACUGGCCGGUUGGUCGAAAGGCACCCGACGAUUGCUAUGGCGUAGUGAUCGACGAGGACACUGUGCUAACGUUGGCUCGUUGUGCCGUUUUCGAAAGUGUAUCUGCCUCCCAUACAGUGCACAACGGUAUCAGGAACGAUAUCAUCCGGGUGGUACAACAUCCAAUGUAUAAGGCAAAAUCCUACUACCACGACAUAGCGGUACUGAAGAUGAAGAAGAGGUUUAAGUUUUCUCCCGAUUUCGUUCCUGCCUGUAUCUGGAAUGCUUUCAAGCUGCCCGAUCCGAGGUUCUAUGUCACCGGACACGGCAGAUUGGAUUUGAAUGAGUUUAACUAUUUCUCGGAAAAAAUUACUACACUUAAACCCGAAAUUGUGCAACUAUCACCUCGAUCGGACAUCCGGAAUUGCACCGUUCCGGAGGACUAUCGGUCCGGUUUAAGUCGCGGCUUGACGCAGGAGCAUUUGUGCUUCGGGAACAAGGUAUUUCUUGUACCAGGAUCAUGCCAGAUGCAGCACGGUGCCCCAAUAAGGCGCAAUGUAUGGCGUAUGGAUAGAUACUUCGAGCACAUCUACGGGUUAAACCUAGCCGGUAAGGACUGUGGCUUUGGAAGACCGGCUUUAGCGACACGCCUUGGGUUUCAUCUCGAGUGGCUGAAUUCUGUGUUGCUUCCCAACAACCAACCGAGCCGUAAAAACCAUAACAUCAAAAAAAUUAAAAUACCCAACAGUACUGCAAAGGAGCUGGAUGAUUGCGAAAGUCGCUAUAAAAUGUUUCACAGAACCUUGGAUUAUAGGUCGGAACGGAUUAACCAAUUCUUCCACACGGUUUACCUUGGACGACAAACGGGAGGGAAGAUGAUUGGUACGUGCACUGGUACGCUGAUUGCACGCAACCUGGUGAUAACAUCCGCCUUCUGUCUGAAAGGUGAAGGUGCCCUGCCAACGGUAGUCAACAUCGCUGAGGGAGCUCCCAACGUGACCAAGAGCCGGCCCAAGGCAGUCAAAAUCGGGGCGAUCACUGUACAUCCGGGCUACAACCCAAAGACCUACGAGCACGACAUAGCGCUUGUUCGGUUGGAGAAAAGCAUUGUUCCGACGGCACAGAAAUAUCCCAUCUGUUUGUGGCAAAACGAAACACAUACCCCAUUCUUGCUGCAUCGAAUGGUCACCAUGGAGGACGGAGAAUCCAGUUUUGUGGAGAGCUAUCCCAAAUACAACAGCGAUUGUCAGGAAUACCUCAAAGAGCUGGGAGGCCACCAGCUAAACUCCACCCAGUUCUGUACGGACAUCGACCAAGCCGAUGUGGCUCCUUUAUCCGGCGAACCGAUCGUAUGGUACCGACGUGAUCUGGCCGAUAAUACCACCACACAAUAUUUGGUAGGCAUUGUAAGCUUUGGGAACGCCGAAGUGCAGCUUGGAGUUGAUACUCGCAUUUCAUCUUAUGUAACUUGGAUAAAGAACUUCCUUUGA